UUAUUAAAGGUAAUUAUGUUUUGUUGUCCCACAGACUGUGUAACAAUCAUCAGUGGUGAGAAGGUGCUCUUUAUGAGCCCAAGAGAGCAAGAGGACGUAAUGUGCCGCUGUGUUUAUCUGAAAGACUUACCAAACAUCUGUCCUGAGGAGGAAUGUGUACACUUAUGGCUUAGCUAUUUGAGCACACAGCACAUAUCUGAUGGCCACUUUCCUGCUACACUGUUCUGGUUUCCACUGAGACAGAACCCAUCAGAGAUAUCUGACACUCUUUACUCAUAUGAUCAUGUUGUAAGAUUAUUUGAAUCAUUUGGCGUGGAAGCUCCUAUUUGUUUAACAUUUCUUAAGUCUCUGGAGAAAAUAAGCUUGAACAGGUUCACUGAAAAUAAUAAUAUUCCUGAAGUUAUGCACGAAAUAAAGCUCAUCAGCCCAUCCAUGUCUGACAUUCGAGAAAAGAGAAGAAAUUUUAGAGAAAAGCUCAAAGAAUGCCAUGGAUUACCAGAGCAAACAACUACUUGUGAUUACGAGGUCACUGUUCGUAGUGUGAAAGGGAAGAACACUCAAGAGGAGACAAUGCGCAUUCUUCAUUUCCUGCCAGGUUCAAAUGAACACUUUUCAGUAUCGUGGAGAGGCAAGGACAAGAGCAGUCACAUGCCUCUAGUAGGUGUUUCUGCUCCCGUUACUACACAAGAGUCCUCGUGGUCUAGAGGUCAUAUUUUCUGCUUUCUUCCUCUACCUCUAGAAACUGAGAACAAUACGAAUCUUCCCAUUCAGGUCAACGGUUUCUUUGCACUUGAUCAAAACAGAAGACAUGUUAAGUGGGAGACACAAGAGAGCAGCAACGAACCUGAUGUUCUGUGGAAUGAAGAACUGGUGUGUAAAGUUGUAGUUGAGGCGUACUUUACUCUCUUGGGUAAAGUUGUUGAGGAGCUGGGCUCACCACCAAGACCAAGCCACCUGACAACUUGGUACAGUCUCCUGCCAGACAUUGAGUCUUCAACAGGAAGGUGGAGGAAACUUGCCACUCACUUAUGGUCAAGACUAAAAUCUCUCCCUAUUUUGUUCUCAGAGGCAGAAGGCUGUAUGAUGAAGCCAGAGGAGGUUCUAACAUAUGAGUGCCUGACCUCUUGUCCACCGCAUGUCUACACCACUGUCAAAGACUUCCUCAUAGAGCAAAAAUUACCUCUUGCUUCUGUGCCUAGAACUAUCCUCACCUCACUUGAUUCAGUUGAGUCUUCCCCGGCAACAGUGACUCCCCAAGUGUUGAGGAAUAACCUGAGAACAUUGAAGUCAAUCAGAGGAAACUGGAAUCGAGCUCACCUGCUGGAGUAUGCCAUCUCAGACGAGAAUUAUAGCGAUCUUGAGGGAAUUCCUCUCCUGCCCUUGAACAAUGGGACUUGGGCAACAUUCUCACGAACUGGUAGUUCAGUUUAUGUCUGUGGAGAAAAUGCUGAGGCUUUCUUAGGUUUGGAAGAUCAGAUCCUCAGCACACAUCUUUCUACAGAAGUUGUCCAGUGUUUGCAGGAGACAGCACAGGCAGGUGUAUCUCAGCUGAUGGAGUUCUCUGCCAGUCAUCAUGGAGCUGAACUGCUCUCUCAGAGUGCUCAGGUGGUCCAGCAACGCUCUCUCUCCCAGCAACAGUUGCAAAGCUGGCUGCUGAAAGUUUGGUCAGUUAUGCAACAUUUAGAUCUACAAAGUGUAAGGCAUGUAGCCUUGGUGCCUUGCAGUCCCAGUUUAACACAUUCCUCCAAGCUAAUAAGUCUUUCUUCUGCAAUCAUUGUGCAAAAUGGAUCAAUACCGCUAUCAGAAGAUGCAAUAGCUGCUCUGGGACUUUUAAAAGUGCAAGUAAUUCCUAGACCUCCAGAAUAUGUUCGACAUCAUCAAUUACACAGUUAUUUCAGUAAUUCUGAUGCUCAAGGUGUAUCCCAGGCGUUGCUUAAGGUGCUGACAAUGCAUGACAGUAAUGAUCUUGCAUGCAACUUUAAUAUGUGUAGAAAUGAUGCACUGGCUCAGGCUCUACUUAAUGUUACUGAAAUACACAAUCUUCAUCCAGAUAUUGUGAACCUUUACAAAGAUCUUAAUAUCUUUAAAGCCAAAGGAGAGAACUGUAUCGUAAAAGAUGUAAACAUUAAUCAGUGUAGCAAAAUAUUUCCAGAGAUCAGUAACUUUCCAGUCAAUUUUCCUGAAACUUUUAUUGUACCAGCCUCUGUGACUGACAGACAGCUUGCACAAAACUUGGGUGCCACUGAACUGUCAAAGGAAAUGCUGUGCCUAUUAGCCCUGCAGAACACGUACUCUGAUAACGACACACACAAACUUGUAACAUACAUUUUCCAAGACAGUCUCUUACAGAGUAGUGAGAAAAUUCUAAAUCAACUUCGGUCUGUGAGAUUUGUUCCCAACAGGAGUGGCACACUUUUGCUGCCAAGCCAGGUUUAUGAUCCUGAGGAUAUUGACAAUGAUGCUCUGAUAUCAGAAGAUUUAAACCCACAAACCAGCUUUCAGAAAUAUUGCCCCAUAUUACGAACUCUUGGGAUGAAGAAAGUGUGCAAUAUGCCAACAAAUGAAUUCAUUCAGAUCAUAUCAAAUUUUCAUACGAAAUCAUUGACUGAUGAGGAGAAAGUAAAGAAAGCAGCAGCUUUGCUUAGAGCAGCAAAUCGUCGACCUGAUUGCCAUCAGAUAUGUCAAGCUGUAAGAGGUGUUAGUUUUGUAUAUGGUGAAACAACUAAACCAGCUGGCUAUCCUCUCAGCUUAAAUUGGGCAACAUUUUCUGAACCAUACAGACCUCAAGAUAUCAAGAGUUACAAUCACUUCAAGAACGUGCUGGGCUCUGUGGUCCCCCUGGUACAUUGUUCCGACAUUUGUAAUGUUGCUGACAGCUUUGGCUGGAAUCACAAGCCAAGUGUUAACAGUCUUAUUGAACAUUUAAGACAUAUAAUGAAGGAAUACCAAAAUACAGAAGAUGAAUAUUUUCCAUUAAUUAAGGAAACAUACAAGCAGCUUUCAGCAUUUGUUGAUACUUCAGAUGUUUGCUAUUUAGACUCAUUGUCAAAUUCCCCGUGUGUGUUUACGGAGGCGGGCUUCAAGGACCCUAAGACAGUGUACAUCUCUUCGCAGAUCGGGGACAUACAAUUAUUGCCAUACAUGUAUUCUUUACCAUUUGAAUUCCGUGAUUGUAGUAGUCUUUUUCAUGCUCUAGGAUGUUUUGAAACACAAUCAAAGGAGCUGUUCUUGACACUUUUACGACAAAUUCAACAUCACCACUCCUCAGAGCAAUGUGCAGAUGUUGAUUGUGACAGAGAUAUAGUUGUUCAAGUUCUUCGUAAACUUGAACCUUUUUGCAAAGAUAUUCCUCCAUGUGAACUGCUGUUGCCUGUGGAAAACACUAACGGAACGCUGGAACUAAUUGAUGUAAAGCAAUGUUCUUAUUCAGAACAAUCAUGUGAGUGGAUUGACAGUGACGAACUGGGAAUAAGAAUAGUUCACAACAGUGUUGGAACCAAACUAGCAAAAGCUUUAGGUGUUGCACCUCUGAGUAAACAUUUACUGGCUGGAGAAGAGGCUUUUAUGGAAUGGGGACAAGUGGAGCCGCUCACCACACGUCUCCACAACCUGCUCCGGCAGUACCGUGACGGUGUGGCAGUCAUGAAGGAGUUGGUGCAGAAUGCUGAUGAUGCUGGCGCCACCACUCUUUCCUUCCUCUAUGAUGAACGUCAAAAUGACGAUGCACGAACAAGACUUCUGAGCAAUAAACUAGAAGAGUGUCAGGGUCCAGCUUUAUGGGCCUAUAAUGAUGCGCUCUUCACUGAGGAAGAUUUCUCCAAUUUAAGAAAAUUAGGCGCAGGAACUAAGGAAUAUCAGUCCACAAAAAUAGGAAAAUUCGGACUUGGAUUUUGUUCUGUUUAUAACCUGACAGAUGUGCCAAGCAUUGUGAGUGGCACCAAUUACAUUAUAUUUGACCCACACAUGACUUACUUAAACAGCAAUAGCCAGACUCCUGGAGUGAGAUUCAACUUUUCAAGCAAGAGAAAUUUAUAUAUGCUGAGUAAACUUAAUGGACAAUUUAAACCAUUUAAUGAUGUUUUUGGCUGUAACAUCCAACAGACAAAAAAGUUUGAUGGCACUUUAUUUCGCUUUCCAUUAAGAACUGCAUCCCAAGCCUGCACAAGUGAGAUCAGUGAUGUCACCUACAGGCAGAAAGACAUGACAAAACUGCUUCAGAUGUUUAGCAAGAUUAUUGGAGAACUUCUUCUCUUCACUCAGAAUGUUAAGGACAUCAAAGUGUUUCACUUAAAUAAGAGUGCAUCAUCACCAACAGAGAAAGUGCUCUUAUUUGAAAGUUUAAGAACAAUAAAGAAAGUUUGUCCUUCACCGGCAACCUCUGCCUUCAGCAAAACAACUGAUGAAACACAAGUGAAGAGAGUUGCUAAACUUUUUAAUAAUGAUUUUAAGUGGAACUUAGAAACUUUUCAAGAGAGCAUUUUUUCAGAAGUAAAAGUUGUAUGUUCAGAAGAAGGGAGUCAAUUUAGUGGCGUUGACAAAGGUGUUUGGACCGUCACGUGGCUCACAUCCUGGCACUGUGGCAACGGGGCAUCAUGUCAGUUUGCCGAAACUCUUGCAGGAAAAGCUCUACCUCUUGGUGCUGUGGCGAUGCCAUUAACAGAACACAAUGAUGGCUGGCAACCCAUUAAGCUGUCAGAACUUCCUCAAGGAUUUUAUAAUGAGAGCCAUAUGCACUGCUUUCUGCCAUUGCCAGUAACAACGCGUCUGCCAGUACAAGUAAAUGGCUUUUUUGAAGUGGCUCCAGACCGUACAAGUCUUCAGACGCAGACAGAGGAUGACCGAGUGGAAGGUUCAGACUGGAAUGAAACUUUGAUGAAUGAUGCCAUAAAUGCUGCUUAUCAUAGCCUUAUAUCUUCUCUUAAAGUUGAAGGUCUUAGUCGGGACUGUCCAUAUUACUGCCUCUGGCCCGUAUACCACGGCACAGAUGAUGAAUUAGUAUUAAACUUCACAAAGUAUUUUUAUAAUACAAUUGUCAGCGAGGCUCUGCCAGUCUUUCGGAGCAGAGGUGAAUGGCAUCCACUGAAAGUCUGUAAGUUUCUAGAAGAAGACUUUUACGAACUACAAGACAUUGGUAACAUUGCCUAUGAAUAUAUGGAAAAGUUUUUGGGGUCUUCAGGCUUUAUGAUAGUGUUACCAAAGGAAAUUGUUUCUGGAUUCCAGUUUGAUCAAAUAUGUGAACACAUGGUCACUAAAGACUCCUUUUUCUUAAAUGUUUUCAUCCCAAACAUAAGGGAGCAACACGUUACUCCAGAGAAGAGAAACAAGCUGACUUUGCAUAUCUUUGAUACUAGGCAUCCAUGUUUUGAAAAGCUCAGAAAUGUCUAUUGUAUUCCUACAAUCCCAGAAGGAAAGUUAAGAAAGCCUUCUGACCUAAUAGACCCUAAGAGUAGGAUUGCAAAAAUGUUCAGCACAGUCGAUGAGAGAUUUCCGGAAGACCUGUUUUGGAAUAAUUCUGAUAGACAUUAUAUUCUUUUGCAUUUGGGAAUGAAUUCUGAAUGUAUUCCUUCAGAGAUGGUCAAGAACAGAGCAAACACAAUUGUGACAUUGUCUUGCCCUAAUUGUGCUGUUGAAAGAUCUUUGGAAAUCUUGCAUUAUAUUGGAACUCGAGAUAAUGAUGAACAAGAGAAUAUUGCAAAGAUAAUUCAGAAUGUGUCGUUCUUACCUGUCAUGGCCAAGCCACAAGACUGGCCCCUCACAUGGAGAGGUGACACUACACUACACAAAGCCCAGGUGUGUGAUGAUCAUGGCCAGCUUGGUAAGCUUAACAUUCUGGGAGAGAUGAAGUCUGUAGGGUUCUCUGAACCUCUUGACAUGUGUUUGGGAGGAUUCAAAGAGCUUGUUGGCAGCACAAAUGUAUUACUCUGGCAGCAUAAUAUACAUAAUGUUGGGAUAUCUCAUCUGCUGAUGGAGAGACUUGGCAUUAUUGUUCACGAAGACAAGCUGCCUUUCAAUAAAGUGUGUCAGCAGCUCAAAAUAUUAUCUACUGUCUCGCCAGCAGUCGGUAACAUCAAUAAAAUAUGCCAUAAAAUCUACAGGUAUUUUGAGAACACUUUUCAGUCUUCAAUUGCAAUCAUUCCCGAGGAAUUUAAAGAGCUAAGAAAUGAGAAAGUAUUACUUACGAAACAUGGCUUUAUGGAACCCAGUCUUUUUGCACUUAAUACUGAGAUAGACUGUUCACCGGACUUGUUCUCAGUGCAAGGGGAAGGACUUGGCAUGUACAAACACUUAACAGAAGCCCUUGCUAUCGUACCAACCUUUCGUGCAGAUGUUGUAUUUCAAGUUAUAUGUCAAAAGAAAGAAAAAUAUAAAUCAAAUCAAAUAAGUGAGCUAGAAGUGUCACAAAUUUCCAAGCUUCUGGCAUUGUUGUUUAAUGUUCGACAUUCGGGUGAGUUAUGCCUUCACUUGCUGCACCUUCCUAAUGCAGAUGGUUAUCUCUGCCCCAUACGUAAGUUGUGUUGUGAAGAUGGAGUUAAGCUCAGUUCCGGUAAAUUUAACUGUUUGCAUAAAAACAUUUCUCUGUCGUUGGAAAUGACAAAUUGGCUAGGAAUAAAAACAAAAACUCGGCAACGCCUUGAAAACUCUUCAAGUAGAAUACAUUUUGGUCAGAAUGAGCCCUUAACCACCAGACUGAGGAACAUUCUUCAAGAAUAUCCAUGUGACUGUGGAAUAAUGAAGGAGCUGUUGCAGAAUGCUGAUGAUGCAGGAGCAACAGAAAUUGCCUUCAUUAAAGACUUUAGAAAUCUCUCUGAUAAACAGUUGUUUGACAAGACUUGGGCGCCACUACAGGGACCUGCUCUUACUGUCUACAAUAACAAAGGUUUCACAGAAAAAGAUCUACAAAAUAUUCAAGACUUGGGUGACAGCAACAAACGCCAGGACCUAGCCAGCACAGGGCAGUAUGGCAUGGGGUUUAAUGCUGUCUACCACUUGACCGAUGCUCCAUCAUUCUUAACACGAGGCCCUGACCUCCCCCAGGGAGAGACUCUGUGCAUGUUUGACCCUCACUGUCGUUAUGACCCUAUGGCGACUCCUGACCAACCUGGGGUUCAGUUUGUGAACCUCCAAGACUUGCGGAGAGAUCAUCCAGAUUCUUUCCAAGGAUAUCUUGAAAAUAAUUUUCUUCAGCAAGAAGGCACAGUUUUUAGGCUUCCACUAAGGACUGAAAACAAGUCUGAAAUAGCAGAUCCCUUCCCAUGCUGGAAGCUGACACAAAAGUUGAAUGAGUUCAAGAAGGAAAUGGCAAAAUGUUUGUUAUUUUUAAGAAAUGUUCGCAAAAUUUCCAUUAUGAGCAUUUCAGAAGGUGGAGAAUGUUGUAUUGAAUAUUGCGUUGAGUCAUCCAUACAGCAACAAAAUGAGCUCUUAAAGCUGCAACAUAUGAUGGAAGAAAUGAAGCAUCUUGAUGAUAAUUUAUAUUCUGUCUUUAAUAUAGACAUGAUGAGAGCAUCUUAUAUAAUGACAGUCACAGACACAAACAAGGCAAAAUACACCUGGUAUAUUGUUCAGCAACUUGGUUCAGAAAAUAAAGAUAGUGUGCCAGAGAUAGUGAAGGAUGCCUUCUCCCGCAAGGACCUGAGUCUGCUUCCUCAUGCUGGAGCCGCUAUUCUUCUGGAAACCAACCAAGAGGAAAUUAAUGACUUAUUUACAACAUCUUGUUACCUUCCAUUACCAGUAAAAUCAGGCUUACCAUUCAGUGUUAAUGGACAUUUUACUCUAAAUUCUUCUCGACGGGAUUUGUGGACCGGAUCAGAGGAUCAUAAAGCUCGGUGGAAUACUUGGUUGAUGAAGGAGGUGCUUGUCCCUGCUGCCGUGUGUGCUCUUAAUUACUAUAGGACAUUCAUUUUCCCAGAAAGUGAUAAUAAGAUUACAAAAGAAAAGUAUUUACUUAAUAUGAAUCUGUAUAAGAUGACCUUGCCUGAUGGAACUAAUACUGAAUCAAAUAAAUGGAAGGAUCUUGUUAAGUGGUUUUAUGAGUACAUAAUUGAUCAGGAGCUACAUUUCUUUAAUAUUUAUAUUCCUGAAAAUGAUAAUGUCUCUGGUCCACAAAACGGAGAGUUAAAAUGGCAUGCAUUUAGAAAGUCCAGUAAUAAAUUUCCCCUUUACUUUGUCACUCCUCGUGGUGGUCCUGGUGGUGGUGUUCCUGGUGGUGGUUCCUGGUGGGGUGGUGUUCCUGGUGGUGGGGUUCCUGCUGGUAGUGUUCCUAUUAUAGAUCCAGUCUUAAACACACUAAGGAGGCUUGGCAUGAAAGUGGGUAGCUCAGUUAUGCUCGACAAGCUCACAAGUGUUGGAAUCCCGUGUCACUGGCUGAAGCCAGAUGUUGCUCUUGAGUUUCUCCAGUCCUGGGAUAAAGAUUACCCUGACAAGUGUAACCCAAUGUUAAAUGAACACAUUACUAAGACCCCAUUUUUAAGUACAAACAACGUGAGUAUUGUCUUCAUUUACCUUACACACUCCAAAGAUUUCCUCAGUAAAUUAGAAGGCCUUCCACUGCUGCUUACUAAUGACAUGAUCCUCAAAUACUUUAAUUCCAAGGAACCAGUAUUUAUUUCACCAUACUGCCCCUUACUACCACAUUCUGCACAUGAAUUUGUAAACAUUAAGAUGGUAAAAUUAUUGAAAGAUUCUCAAGUAGACUACAAGAACAUUAAUGCCCUGAAAGAGUUCACAUUAAAGGAUCUGGCUGACAGACUGCAUACAAAUUUGGACAAGUCAUAUCAUGGCUGUGAAGCCUUUUUGCCAUUACGCGACGACCUCCAUGAUUGGUUAAAAAUGCUUUGGAAAUUUAUAAAAGAGUAUUUGAAUUAUAGUAAAAAGAACAUUGGUAGUAUUUUUGGGGCAGAACAUAUGGCAUGUAAUUAUCAGCAGAAGAGAGAAUAUAUUAUGAACACUCUUGGAGACUGGGCAUUGUAUCCUUUAACUGACAACAACCAGAAAUAUUUAGUUACAUUAAAGAACGCCUGGAGAGUUCUAGACCUUGACAACAAUCCAUCUUCAGUAUUCCAUCACUUGCCUGUUCCUCAUCCAUGUCUCAGUAUUAUUCCAGCUGGGUUACCCAUUCACUUAACAGCAACAUUAACAGAUCCUUCAGUUUUGCUAGACAACCUCUACUUCCACAGAGAGAGAAUUGUCCUCUAUGUUAAACCAAGCGGGAUGGAACCUUAUAAAAAAAUGACUGAGGUAUUGGAAUAUUUUGGUGCACAUUAUUCUAGUACUUCACUCCCUCAUUAUAAACUCCGUUCACUCCCUAUGUUUGAAGACGUUUGUGGAGUUGUGCAGAAUUUGGAAGACAAGAACUUUAUUGUACCAGUUGGGUCAAAGCUUGAUUUAAAAUAUUUGGUUAAAUUAGCAGAAAGUAAAAAUAUAAUAAUUUUAAAGAAAGGAACAUCAAAUGCAAAAUGUUUCUACCAAUACUUGAGUUCAGGAUGUCUUCUGGAGGAUCUGGAAAUUUAUACUAAACUAAUUCUGCCAAAUUUUAAGUAUUUGUCACCUCAAGAACGAACCUACUAUCUGGAAAAGAUACGAGAUGAACUAAAAGAAGCACAUAUGGCAGAAGUGUAUUGGAACCAAAGUCUAAUAAAUGUUGUUUCAAUAUUAAAAAAGACUCCUUUUAUAGAGCUAAAUGGAAGUUGGAAAACUGCAGACAAUUUCUAUGAUCCCAAUAAUCCAGUAUUCAAAGUGAUGGAGCUGAAUAAUUUACCAAAAGAAUGGUCAUCACAAGAAUGGCAGCACUUUCUCAAAUUGUCUGGCAUGGUACAUGAACUGACUGCUGAAAUGUACGUGAAGUAUGCGAGAACAUUAUCACCUAAUGAUUCUAAAGUUAGACCAAAGUCUGAAGUUCUCACACAAUACCUUUUUGACAAGUAUGAUAAUCUAAAGUGCAAUGUUUCACAGAUAAGGAAUAUUGAAUUUCUUGUUCCACAUGAGAGUGAAGAAUUAGAGGAGAUUCGCCCGCUCUUCAGAGCUGCAUCUGGAUUGUUGUCUUUCUCUAGCGGUGUGCCAUCAAAAUUUGCUAAUAUUCUGUGGACAACUGCAAGCCUUUUGCCACGUUAUGCAACGUCAUGCAGGAGUGAUAUUAAGAAACAUCUGAACAUCGUAGACGCUCCACCUGAAGAAAAGGUUCUUGAGCACAUACAAAAUCUUUGUAGAUUUUUAAAAUCUAAACAAAAGAACUCAAAUGCCGCCAUUGAGAGUAUAAUGGAAAGUAUUUACCAGUAUUUACAAAAGUGCAGAAACAGUGUUCAUGAUACACUUGCUUGCCAGAGAACUCCUGUAGUGCAUAUACCGACGCACUCAACCUUUGUUGCUGCUGAUUGUGUGAUUGAAAUAUUGGAAGUUGAAAUUAUCCCAUAUUUAUUGAGAGUUCCAACAACAUAUGGGAAAUACAUUAAUGUUUUUAAGAAACUUGGAGCCCUUGAGGUCGCUACGUGUGACUCGUAUGCUCAAGUAUUGAAAAUGAUUUAUGAAGAAAGUGGCGGGAAAGUAUUGCAUCCUGAAGACUCUAAGUGUAUGAAGGCGGCUCUUGAAGGCUUGGUGAAAAAGAAAUCAAAUCUCAAAGACCUGAAAGUUUCUGAACUAUAUCUUCCAACAGAGGAAAGAAAAUUGGAAAAGUCUUCUGAAAUGUAUGUUCAAGAUGUUGAAUAUUUAGAGAACGUGAAAGGAAAAUUAAACAUACCAAUAUUUGCCGGAUUUAAAGUUUUAAAGAUAGAAAUGACUGAUAGUGACUUUGUGAAUAUGUUGCCUAAGAAUUUGCAGCCAAAUCUUUUGUCUCAAGUUGUGAAGGAAAACCUUGACAGCAAUACCGAGGAAAUAACAACAGAAUUACUUAAAGAGUUAAGACAAAUCCUGCAUUCAGAUAAUAUUAAACUGAAUAUAUUGAGAAUUAUAAAUCAUGAUAAAGUAUCUUCAGGAUCAUGUUUAGAUAAAACUGAAACAAAAGAAUUGAUGGAUAGUCUUGACAGAGUGGAGGUGAAGCAGUUGAAGGUAAUUACCACCACUCUAACGGUUAAUGAAGACGAAGUUGGGAAACGAGACAGUCACUUCUUUGUACAAGUUUGUAAUAGAGAAGAGAGAAAAGUUACACUUUAUAUUUCUGAAACCAUUGACAGUACUCUUGUUGUCUGUGGACUGUGUAAAACAUACAGAGAACUACUUAAGUUAGUUACAGCAUCAGUGAUGGAGAAUUUAGGACACAUAUUGAGGUUAUAUGAGAAACCACAUGAUAUUCCUUCAUUACUGAAUAACUUAGGCAUUACUACAUGGGAAGGUCAGAAUAGUGCAUAUGAGUGCUAUCAAACAGAUGUAGGUUCAUACCUCGAUGAAGAUCUAAUUCAUUUGCUGGAUAAUGAAUUUUGUCAGUUCCACGAGGGAGAGAUUGUCUGUAUGAAGAAGUACAUUCUUGAAGGAGAUGAAUCUACCGAAGAUAAUAUAUACAUAAUUGUUCAAGUAAAGCGCUUGGUGAGAAGUCAUGAUAGCUUAUUUAUGAAUGAAUACGAAGUUGACACUGGAUGUGAAGCAAAGUCCUGCAUGAUAGUUCGAGCCCAUCAGCUGUACAAGUUUGUAAGAGCUAAGGAAAGUAUGAGAAGUGAUGUGGUACAAACUGAUGGGGUCUUAACCGAAGAUGAACCUGGCAGUCUCUCUGAGAAAGAAAUUAUGAAGAAUAUAAGGAAACAAUUAAAAGAAAUAUGGAAAGUUAAAGAUGAAAAAGAAAGGCGGCACCUCUUACGGCGCUUGAUCCUCAAGUGGCAUCCAGACAAGAACCUUGAGAGAGUGGAACUCUGUACCCGCGAGAUGCAAUAUAUGCAACACCUGGUGAAGCGUCUGGAGAAUGGAGAGAUUAUUCCAGACGAUGAAGAUGUUACAAGUGAAAAUACUUUCAGCGGUGCCUACAGUGCCUACAGUAAUACAUUCAAAACAACAUCCGGUGAUUUCUUCAGUAAAACAUUCAAAACAACAUCCAGUUAUUUCUUCAGUAAAACAUUCAAAACAACUUCUAGUGAUUUCUUCAGCAGUGCAUUCAACUCACCACGGAGCCAAUCCUCAGGUUCCUUCAAGUAUUUCAGAAGUAAGAUGAAGGAGAGAAAGUUGCCUGAUCGUCUUGAAGCCAACAAGUGGCUUAAACAAGCAGAACAUGACUUUGGCGAAGCACAGAGACGUGACGGAGGGUCUUCCUGCUGGACCAUGUACAUGUGUCAUCAGGCAGCAGAGAAAAUGUUGAAGGCGGCCUUAUAUCUUGAGGACCGAGACUCAGCAGCAACAUUCCAGAGAGGAAGAGCAUGUCAUUCCCUUACUGGUAUAUCAUCAAGAGUCACAUUAAGUAGUUGCUGCACACUUGCCUCUGACAUAGAAGGUAAAGUUGGUCACCACACCAACAUGCGCUACCCUUCCCUCCAAGGGUGUCCUUGUGACAACUACACUACUGAUGACGCCAACUUCGUCUUGACGAAGACUGAAGAAUUAAUGAAGUUGCUAAGACCUCGUUUUAAAACCGAGUGGUUACAGCACAGUACUACUGGGGGCCUAGAAACCCUGGCUGAUCGGGUUCGAAUCCCUCAGGGAUCCAGAGUUUUUGGUUUUAUAUUGGCUUUGAGACCAUUCAGCCUUUAUGCAUACUUUAUAGAUGAAAAGCGUAAGGGUGAUGUAGAGCGGGAGGAGAAAUAUAAGGAAAUGGGUCGAAGAGCUGCUAAGCAUCAAAACCUUUGCAGAUCAUUUAAAGCCAUUAAAAACUCUGUCUCUAAGCUACAAGGUGGUGGUAAUCAAGUUGCCGUCAUCUAUUUUAAGGUCGGCAAUAGAAAUACCACAUAG